UGUUGGAAUCAGCCAUAUUUUUCUGAAGAGUCGCCCAUUGCUCUUGGUUCUGUGAAUAUUUUGUUGUAAUUUAAUCCAAUUAUGAUUUUUAUGAGUUAACAGUUACAAUUUUAGAGUCAGUGAAUAGUGGUAUAAUUGUAGAACGUAAAAAUUAAGUUCCUGCAAAUACUAAUGUGGUAUAAUCUCUGCUUCCCGUUUCGUUUUCCCAAUCUAAUCUAAACAGAAAAUGGCCGACGGUGUUGGUGCGGGUGUCUCCUUUGUUUAGGGCUGAAUUCUAGUGAAAAUAAGUGUAUAAAGAAAUAAUGCCUAGUGCCUCGUUUUCCUCUUCGCGUUCUUACGUGCGUAGAUCGCGAAGAAAAGGCGGACAUCGGAUACCACUACCUUCUAGGACACAAUCGAGUGAACCAUGUGAAUCAGUUCCUUGCCCGAACAACGUGACAGGGAGCGUCACAGUGGCAGCCCCGUUUGUGUGCGCCGGGCCCAGCGGCAGUGGGGGUGGGGGGUCGCCACCCGUGCCCGCCGCCGCAGCCGCCACCACGGCCGGCCACCACAGCCCCUACGAUUUGCGCAGGAAGUCACCGCCGGCUUACCACGAGCCCGGGCCUUCUGGCGCUUGCUCCCUGCCUGCCAGAAAGAGGCCCAGAACAUCACUGGCCCAGGGCGUGGACGUUUGCAAUGUGUCGCAGUACCUCCAGUAUGAACUUCCGGACGAGGUGUUGCUCUGCAUCUUGUCACAUCUCACCGAGCGGGACCUGUGCCGCGUCGCGCAGGUCUGCAAGAGGUUCAACACGAUCGCCAAUGACACAGAACUAUGGAAAAGCCUUUACCAAUCGGUGUUCGAGUACGACACGCCGCUGAUGCACCCGGCGCCGUGCCAGUUCGAGUUCGUGCCGGCCGACGAGUGCGACGCCGACAACCCGUGGAAGGAGAGCUUCCGGCAGCUCUACUACGGCAUCCACGUGCGCCCCAACCACCGCCCCAAGAAGGAUUCGCGCAUCAAGCAUUUCAAUACCAUUCGGGCGGCAUUGGAGUACGUAGAGGAGCGCGGCGGCGCCAGCAGCUCCCCGACGCGCAGCAGCAGCAGCAGCAGCAGCAGCAGCGCAGCGGGCGCGUGCGGCGCGCACUCGGGCGGAGCGUGCAGCGGCGCGUGCACGUGUCGCCGCACGCCCGCGCCGCAGCCCGCGCUCGUGUUCGUGCAUCAGGGGCUCUACCAGGAGGAGUGUCUCGCGGUCGACACUGACGUCCAGCUCAUUGGUUGUGCCCCAGGCAACGUGGCGGAAUGCGUGAUCCUAGAACGCGAAGCAGAAUCCACGCUAACGUUCGCGGAGGGGGCGAACAGAGCGUACGCGGGCCACAUGACGCUCAAGUUCUCUCCCGACGCGACCAGCACCAUGCAGCACCACAAGCAUUACUGUCUGGAGGUCUCCGACAACUGUUCUCCCACCGUCGAUCAUUGUAUCAUCCGGAGCGCCAGUGUCGUGGGUGCGGCGGUGUGCGUGAGCGGCGCAGGCGCCAACCCAGUGAUCAAGCACUGCGACAUCAGCGACUGCGAGAACGUCGGCCUCUACGUCACGGACUACGCGCAGGGCGCUUACCAGGACAACGAGAUCUCACGCAACGCAUUGGCGGGCAUUUGGGUGAAGAACUUCGCCAACCCGAUCAUGCGCCGCAACCACAUACACCACGGCAGGGAUGUUGGCAUAUUCACAUUUGAAAAUGGAUUGGGUUAUUUUGAAGCGAACGACAUACACAACAACAGAAUCGCCGGUUUCGAAGUGAAAGCCGGCGCGAACCCCACCGUCGUCCACUGCGAGAUUCACCACGGCCAGACCGGCGGCAUUUACGUGCACGAAUCUGGCCUGGGACAAUUCAUAGACAAUAAGAUACAUUCGAACAACUUCGCCGGCGUGUGGAUCACGUCCAACAGCAACCCAACCAUUCGCAGGAACGAGAUCUACAAUGGGCAUCAAGGAGGGGUUUAUAUUUUUGGCGAAGGCCGCGGUCUCAUAGAGCACAAUAAUAUUUAUGGAAAUGCUUUAGCCGGUAUACAGAUACGUACAAACAGCGACCCGAUAGUGCGGCACAACAAGAUCCACCACGGGCAGCACGGCGGCAUCUACGUGCACGAGAAGGGCCAGGGACUCAUCGAGGAGAACGAGGUGUACGCCAACACCCUCGCCGGCGUCUGGAUCACCACCGGCUCCACGCCCGUGCUGCGCCGCAACAGGAUCCACUCGGGGAAGCAGGUCGGCGUGUAUUUCUACGAUAACGGCCACGGCAAGCUAGAAGACAACGACAUCUUCAACCACCUGUACUCUGGCGUCCAGAUCAGGACCGGCAGCAACCCCGUGAUCCGCGGCAACAAGAUCUGGGGAGGGCAGAACGGAGGCGUGCUGGUCUACAACGGAGGGCUAGGCCUUCUAGAGCAAAACGAGAUCUUUGAUAACGCCAUGGCCGGUGUAUGGAUUAAGACUGAUUCUAACCCAACGCUCAAAAGAAAUAAAAUUUUUGAUGGGCGCGAUGGGGGCAUUUGUAUUUUCAAUGGAGGAAAGGGGGUGCUGGAGGAGAACGACAUAUUCCGCAACGCGCAGGCGGGCGUGCUGAUCUCGACGCAGAGCCACCCGCUGCUGCGCCGCAACCGCAUCUUCGACGGGCUGGCGGCCGGCGUCGAGAUCACCAACAACGCCACCGCCACGCUCGAGCACAACCAGAUAUUCAACAACAGAUUCGGAGGUCUGUGCCUGGCGUCGGGCGUGUCGCCGCUGGUGCGCGGCAACAAGAUCUUCAGCAACCAGGACGCCGUGGAGAAGGCGGUCGGCGGCGGACAGUGCUUGUACAAGAUCUCAUCCUACACCUCCUUCCCCAUGCACGACUUCUAUAGGUGCCAGACUUGUAAUACUACAGACCGGAAUGCCAUCUGCGUCAACUGCAUCAAAACGUGCCAUUCAGGACAUGAUGUAGAAUUCAUUCGCCAUGAUAGAUUCUUCUGCGACUGCGGCGCGGGCACGCUGUCGAACCAGUGCCAGCUGCAGGGCGAGCCCACGCAGGACACCGACACUCUAUACGACUCCGCCGCGCCCAUGGAGUCACACACCCUCAUGGUCAACUGAGCUGUUGGGGCCCCGCCCUAACCUACACGAGAUACGGUCGCUUCUUACCAUUACUAAUGUGUCAGGAUUCCCGCCCGGCUCUCUUUCAGCCAUAUAGCCUGCCUUUAAUGAGUAGAAAAUGGAUUUUUGACGAACUAAAAAUUUUCGUUAUUCCAAUAUCAUAUUGGACAGUCCUCUUUUUUUUCUAUUCUUUUUAGCCAGACUAUAGCUUACGCUCGCUCGCUCAAUUCAUUCCCAAAAUAUAUAACCACUAACGUUUAAACUUCGAGAAUGAAUUGGGAAAAUAUUUUGCGUAAGUCAUCUCUGGUGUUAGGCUAAAAACUACGUAAUGUGACCGUCCCCAGACGUGUUUUGUCCGUCUCAAGCACUAUUUUUCCUUUAUCUCUUUCGCACCUAAGAUUUGUGUCUGAGAAGAACAGAAUCCAUCCGGGAACUAACACGUAAUACAAAUACAAGGCUUAGAUGUAAACCCGCUAAGAUAAAUCGUAACAACGGACUGGAAAUGACUUUGGAUAGUAUACUAAAAAUUGCUUUUUGUACGGAAAUUGCAAUGGGCGUCAUUUCAAGCUAUAGUCGAGUUGUCAUGAUGCAUCCAUAAAUGUCGUAGCAUACAUUAUUGUAAGCCGCGCGUGCUAACAAUAUUGUGUGGUUGCAUCGUACGAGUAAACCGCAAAAUGAGCGGCGCCAUAUUUUUUAGAAAGUUACACUAAAUAGGAAAAUUAUUUAUGUUACAAGUUCAAACUUAACACGUCUAUUGGAUGUCCUUUUGAGUAUAAUCCUGCAAAAGCUAAAUUAUAAUUUAAUAUUUUAAUAGAUAAGAAAAUAUUGGUUUCGUAAUUUUCGCUCACAGUUGCUGUCUAUUGUGUGACAAAAAGAAAAUAUAGAAGCAGUAUAUCAUCAAGACUAGAUCAUUGUAAAAAAUCGGUUUAUAGUCUAAUGAAGAAGCCUAACAUCUACUUCCAGAAUAAAAUUACAUGGGUAUUUUGUAUUUAUUAUGUAUAUUUAGUUAUCUUCGUUUAUUUUACUUUCUAUAUUUGUAUUCAGAAAUUCUGUUAUAUAAUGACAAAUCCUCUAUAUAUAAUUUACUUUCCCACCUAUAGUUUUUCUUUUGCAUAUCAUCUAUUUUUUUUAUAAUUCGCGAAAUUGUGAAGUGAUUUAAUCAUAUUAUAAAUUAAAAUGGUAUCAGUUGAUGUAACAAACGCGUUGAUGUCGUUUUGAUCUGUAAAUAUUUUUAGAAGUAACAGUAUUACUGCCAGCUUACUCAAUUUGUUGGCAAUAUUCGAUCGAGGACUCGAAAAUGUAGGUACUGUAAGAAGUAACCGUAUUCUCGGUCGAUAGAAUCGCCCAAACGUUUCCUCGAAUCUCCUCGGUGACAGUCUGCGGCGCCACAAUCGUUAGUUCGUCCGCGGCCGAAUUUCCGCUCCGAUAUUUUUAUUACCUAAAACUUCGCUCGUCCGAAGUCACUACACUUCUCCGGUCAGAAUAAUCGUACGAUCGUCUCCUGAUAUGUAUUUUUCAUCUUUGUAACUUUAUACAGCUGAAGAUCUAUUUCGGACACUUCACUAAUCUGUAAAUGUAGAUCUUUUUUUAUCAUCGGUACUUAAUAAUUAUAUAUUUCGUCGAGUAGUAUCAUGCAUUCCCAAAAUUAUAAUCGUACUAUUAUAUCGAGAGAUCACAUUGAUAUUUAGAAUAAUGUUAUUCGUUUUGUAAGGUGUAGGAGCGUAUAUAUAGAGUAGUUUCAUAAUCGUGGAGAAAGAAUUUGUUUUGAUUCCUUUAAACGAAUUAUACAUUUUUUAGUUAUAACUAGUUGGAGAUCCUGCGGCCGACGCGGUCAGGAUGGCUUGUAAAAUAAUCGCUUAUCAUUAUUUUAACAUUUUGACGACAAGAUACAUUUUAUUUGGGGCAUUUAUUCCUUUAGCUCUCCUGACAAUAUAGUUGAUUGUUCAGUUUUAGUUAAUAAAGAUAUAGUCGUGCUGGCGCACGGAGCGGCCUCGCCUAACUCAAGGCGCUCCUUCGCUUUGUAAAUAUUUAAUGUCACACAAUAAUCGAAAUGUAGCAAUUAAUGUAUUUGUAUCAUUAUAUUUUUAUUAUUGAUCACAACAUGUAUGUUUAAUUAUGAAAUUACGUACGAUAUGCUCAGGAACGGGCCGCGUUGUGAGCGAGCCAGUAGGUAGAUAGUCCGAUGUCGGAAGCCGAAUGCGCCCGACACUGUAUAUUAAGAUGCAAAAAGAACGAAUGUGCGUAUUUAAUUGGAAAAGAUCUUAGGUACAAUUGAUAUUUUAUUAUAUUGUUAAUUUAAAUUUGGUAUCGAUAUCGAUUGAGAAGCAAUGUUAGGAACUGGAAGCGGCCCGCGUGCUGAUAGUGAUAAGGUUAGACCUAAGCUAUAAUGAAAAUCUAAAUUACUCAGUAAUCACUAUUGCAAGUUUCGAAUUGUUAAAUUGUCUCUCCAUAGCACGGUAUGUUCUGAAUCUGCUUUUUAUAAUCCUCAAUCUGUGAUCAUCGCUAAAUGUGUAAGUGAAAGUAUUUAAGUUGAACCCAACGUACAGAAUUAUUAUACUUUAUUGUACCAACAAAAUUAAUGUGGCCGACGCUUUAUAUAUUGAUUGAGAAAAUUGUUAUUUAUUGAAUUGUCAGUAUGUUUAAUUUAUGGAAUUUAAAUCUGGAUAUUUUGUUUAUCAUGAAAUACCACUGUAAAAGCCGUGAUAUACAUCAUAUAAUAUUAUA